AUGUUUCACGCCGCAAUCUAUUGAUGCAAUUGUCGUUCUCGGCUCUUCCUUUCAAACUCUGGCUUUGGAACUUUUAGCUGUAAAAAUGUGAAAGAGUGCUUAUUAGUUUAUUGAAUUUCUUUUUAUUUAGGGUUUACAUAAAAUAGUUUUAGGAGAAGGAGUGAAGCGCGAGGGAAGAAGGCAGAAUUACUCCUUUCGCAGUCUUGAACCUUCCGCACCAUCUACCCCUUUCCCUCUUUUCUCGUUUUCUUUUGCCACCCCGAUUGAUUUCCUGCACAUUUUCAAGGUACAAUGGAAGUUGAUGAUGACAACAGUCCACCAACUUCAUCUGCAGAACCUUCAGUUGCAGUUCCCGACAGCCAAACCACAGUGCCUACGGCAAAUAACACUCUACUUCAGCCUGUUCAGCCUAUUGUUCCAGCAGUGGUCCCGCCUGCAGUUGUACCACCUAUUGCUCCGCUACCUGCCAUUCCUCCAGUCCCUGUUGUGCAUCCAUUGGCACCUCUCCCGAUUCGCGCUCCCAUCCUUAAACCACUUGCACCUCAAAAUGGUGAGGUGAAAACUAGUGAUUCAGACUCUGACCAUGAGGAUGAAGGGCGAACUGCUGCUGUUGAUUAUGAGAUCUCAGAAGAGAGUAGACUGGUUAGAGAGCGGCAAGAAAAGGCCAUGCAAGAACUUCUGAUGAAACGACGUGCUGCUGCACUAGCAGUGCCUACUAAUGACAUGGCUGUCCGGACUCGACUUCGCCGGCUUGGUGAACCCAUAACUCUUUUUGGAGAAAGAGAGAUGGAAAGGCGGGAUAGGCUGCGAAUGAUUAUGGCAAAGCUGGAUUCUGAGGGGCAGUUGGAGAAGUUGAUGAAGGCGCAUGAGGAGGAAGAGGCUGCAGUUUCUGCUAAAAUGGAGGACGUUGAGGAAGACAUUCAAUAUCCCUUUUAUACUGAGGGUCCAAACGAGCUCUUGGAUGCUAGAAUUGAUAUUGCAAAGUACUCUGUUGUAAAGGCAGCUAUGCGUGUUCAACGUGCACAGAGAAAAAGGGAUGAUCCAGAUGAAGAUAUGGAUGCUGAAACUGAUUGGGCUCUAAGGCAGGCAGGGAAUUUGGUUCUUGAUUGCAGUGAAAUUGGGGAUGAUAGACCACUUUCCGGUUGUUCUUUCUCACGUGAUGGACAACUUCUUGCCACCUGCUCAUUGAGUGGAGUUGCUAAGUUGUGGUCAAUGCCUAGGGUAAGUAAGGUUUCUGCCUUAAAGGGCCACACAGAACGUGCAACUGAUGUUACAUUUUCUCCUGUGCAUGAUCAUUUAGCGACUGCUUCUGCUGACCGAACAGCAAAGUUGUGGAACACUGAUGGAUCACUCCUGACAACAUUUGAGGGCCAUUUGGAUCGCCUUGCACGCAUAGCCUUCCAUCCUUCAGGGAAGUACCUUGGCACAACAAGCUUUGAUAAAACAUGGAGACUGUGGGACAUAGACAGUGGUGUAGAGUUGCUUCUCCAAGAAGGUCAUAGUAGGAGUGUCUAUGGAAUUGCGUUCCACCAAGAUGGAUCUUUAGCAGCAUCCUGUGGACUUGAUGCACUUGCUCGUGUUUGGGAUCUUCGCACUGGUAGAAGUGUUCUUGCUUUGGAAGGCCAUGUCAAGCCAGUUCUUGGUGUGAGUUUUUCACCCAAUGGCUACCAUUUAGCUACAGGAGGUGAAGAUAAUACCUGUCGAAUAUGGGAUUUGAGGAAGAAAAAAUCCCUCUACAUCAUACCAGCCCACUCAAAUCUUAUAUCACAAGUGAAGUUUGAGCCUCAAGAGGGAUAUUACUUGGUCACUGCUUCUUAUGACAUGACUGCAAAGGUUUGGUCCGGCAGAGAUUUUAAGCCUGUCAAAAGCUUACCAGGUCAUGAAGCUAAAGUCACUGCUUCAGAUAUUAGUGAAGAUAGCCGGUAUAUUGUGACUGUCUCUCAUGAUCGAACAAUAAAGCUGUGGACUGCUGGUAACAUAGGAAAGGAAAAAGAUAUGGAUUUGGACUGACGACACGCUUUGCGGAUGUUGUACUUGUUGAGAGACUAUUGCUGCUUUCCGGAGUAGCACAUUUUGGAGUCAGAUUAAAAACACCUUUUUGUAAUGAUGAAGUGGAAUACGAAACAUAAACAUAGAUUCCUCCAAACAAUUUUGUAGGUAACUUUGGCUUUUUGGUAACAGCAUCUGAUUCUGAAUAACCCGAGCAAGUGCUUGCCGGGGAGGGAAUCAGGUACCCAACAGCACAGCAAGCGCUUCGCAUGUAAUGAAAAUAUUUACGCAUACUUGAUAUUCAGCACCAAAUACACAUGCGCGUAUCAUAAUUAUAAAGAUGAAUCGGUGCUCUGCUUUU